AUGGAAAGAGUCAGUCAGGAGUCAAAUGUUUCCAUUUCCCACCAGAAUCACACUGACCUGGACUUCAUAUUCAUGCUGCUGGAGGACAACAUUGUUGCUUUUGUGAAGAAUGAGCUAAAGCAGAUGAAGAGUUCUCUGAAUCCAGAUUAUGAAGAAUUCUUAGAAAGUCAGAAUGAGGAUGAGGAGCAGAGGAGCAGAAGAGAGGCAUUUCUGAAGCUCACAGUGCACUUCCUUCAGAGAAUGAAGGAAAAGGAACUCGCUGCCUAUCUGCAGAGCAAAAACUCCCGUCCAUGCUUUAAGUGUAAACUUAAAUCUAACAUGAAGAAGAAGUUCCAGUGUGUGUUUGAGGGCAUUGAUAAAGCACAGACUCUAUCCAUGCUGAAUCAAAUCUACGCAGAGCUCUACAUCACAGAGGGAGGGAGGGGAGAGGUCAAUAAUGAACAUGAGGUCAGACACACUGAAACAUUUUUCAGGAAAGCAGACAGAGCAGAAACAGCAAUCAGACGUGAAGACAUCUUUAAAACAUCACCUGAAAGAGACAAAGCAGUCAGAACAGUGCUGACAAAGGGAGUGGCAGGAAUCGGGAAAACAUUCCUAACACAGAAGUUCACUCUGGACUGGGCUGAAAAUAAAACCAACCAGGACAUCCAGUUCAUGUUUCCAUUCACUUUCAGAGAGCUGAGUCUGCUGAAGGAUAAAAAGUUCAGUUUGGUGGGACUUGUUCAUCAUUUCUUUACUGAAACCAAAGAAGCAGGAAUCUGCAGCUUUGAAAAGUUCAAGGUUGUGUUCAUCUUUGAUGGUCUGGAUGAGUGUCGACUUCCUCUGGACUUCCACAACACUGAGAUCCUGACUGAUGUCACAGAGUCCACAUCAGUGGAUGUUUUGCUGAUAAACCUCAUCAGGGGGAAUCUGCUUCCUUCUGCUCACAUCUGGAUAACCACACGACCUGCAGCAGCCAAUCGGAUCCCUGCUGAGUGUGUAGACAUGGUUACAGAGGUCAGAGGGUUCACUGACCUACAAAAAGAGGAGUACUUCAGGAAGAAAUUCAGAGAUGAAAAUCAGGCCAACAUCAUAAUGUCCCACAUCAAGACAUCUCAUAGCCUCCACAUCAUGUGCUACAUCCCAGUCUUCUGCUGGAUCACUGCUACAGUUCUGGAGAAUUUGUUAAAAACAAGUGAGAAAGGAGAGCUGCCCAAGACUCUGACUGAGAUGUACAUCCACUUCCUGGUUGUUCAGAUCAAAGUGAAGAACAUCAAGUAUGACAGAGGGGGAAAGACAGAUCCACACUGGACCCCAGAGAACAAGAAGAUGAUUGAGGCUCUGGGGAAACUGGCUUUUCAGCAGCUGCAGAAGGGCAACCUGAUCUUCUAUGAAUCAGAGCUGACAGAGUGUGGCAUCAAUAUCAGAGAGGCCUCAGUGUACUCAGGAGUGUUCACACAGAUCUUUAAAGAAGAGAGAGGGCUCUACCAGGAGAAGGUGUUCUGCUUCAUCCAUCUGAGUGUUCAGGAGUUUCUGGCUGCUCUUCAUGUCCAUCUGACAUUCACCAACUCUGGUGUCAACCUGCUGGAAGAAGAACAAACAGCAUCAGUGCCGACUGAAGAGCCUUCAGUGAGACACUUCUACCAGAGUGCUGUGGACAAGGCCUUAGAGAGUCCAAAUGGACACCUGGACUUGUUCCUCCGGUUCCUCCUGGGUCUUUCACUGCAGACCAAUCAGACU